UUUUCUGUCCCAAUAAAUCGCACCGAUCGUGGCGGGCUUUAGCUUUCAGCAAUGAACAAUCCGACCAUUUUCAUCGCCACCAUUUCAUCUUCUUCCUCUUCUUCGUUAUCCACAUUUUCUCUCUCUGCCGCUUCCACUGUUCUCUACAGAUUAUAACUCUGGACCCAGCCUCCAUAAUCAUGAAGCAAUUGUGGAUUUAGUCGUUUUUGUUAGCUGCAAGAAACUUCAGUCUCUCCCAGUGUUUGGUCCGACAGAGUGAUGUUUCUGUUCCAAUUAUUAACAAAGCUAUAUGGUAUCUGGAAAGUAUUCUAAAAUGAAGUCUCAAGCAGUUUUUGAUGUCGAACUUGUCAGUUCUACUCAGAGCAUAAAACAUGAGUUCUGGCCUCUAGAUGAAAUCGAUCCAGUCCAAGCGAAGUUCCCAUGCUGUUUGGUUUGGACUCCACUCCCUGUUGUCUCUUGGUUGGCACCAUUCAUCGGCCAUGUUGGCAUUUGCAGGGAGGAUGGAGUAAUUUUAGAUUUCGCGGGAUCAAAUUUUGUCAAUACCAAUGAUUUUGCAUUUGGUUCUGUUGCAAGAUACCAUCAACUUAACAGAGAAAAAUGUUGCUUCCCGACAAGCUUAACUGCCCAUAUUUGCAAGCAGGGCUACCAGCAUUCACAAUAUGGAACUGCCAUUACCUGGGACGAUGGCCUACAAUCGAGCUCACGGUAUUUCGAGCAUAAAUCCUACAAUCUUUUCACAUGCAACUGCCAUUCAUUCGUGGCCAAUUGUCUGAACCGUGUUUGUUACAAUGGAUCGAUGAGUUGGAACAUGAUAAAUGUAGCAGCUCUGAUUCUGUUAAAGGGGCAUUGGGUUGAUUGGAUGUCAAUCGUAAGAUCAUUCCUUCCCUUUGUUGUGGUUCUCUGCCUGGGAAUUGCCAUGGUUGGGUGGCCCUUCUUGAUUGGUCUGUCAUCUCUCUCUUUACUUCUGGUGGGAUGGUUUCUUGUGGGUACUUAUUGUAUGAAAAACCUGUUGGAAUGCUAGAUUUUGUUGUUCAUCUUUUGUAAUUCACAAUCACAGAAUGGCUUAUACUUGGUUGCGGUUGCAGUUUGGAGAGAUUAUGUUUUUUCAUAUUGUUGAACUUUGAAGUUAAUAUUAUAAUGUAUAGGGAGAUGCUCUAUUUUCCAGCA